AUGGCUGAAAAUGGGGGAAAAGUAGCAGAAACAAGUGAUAAUGCGGACUCCGUCGGAGGGAAAGCAUUCGGAGUGACUGUGGAUCGUGUAAAGCUAUGUGACCCGUGUUUUGAGGAAGGAACCGAGGUCCUAGCGGCGAAGUUCUGUGUUGAAUGUGAGGAAAAUCUUUGUGAUAUUUGUGUUCAACAUCAUCGUAAAGCGAAGCCUUGUAAAAACCAUGAACUGGUUGAUACUGGUGCUUUAGGGCAAGGUUCCAAGGAAAAGGAGAGAAAUGCUGAUGUAUUUAAAUGCACGAUUCAUCAGGAGGAAAUAACACAUUAUUGUGAUAAACAUGGUAAACUCUGUUGCCCAAAGUGUGUACGCGGGAUUCACACCAUGUGUGGAGACAGUGUUUGUAAAGUUGACGAAGCAGCUGAGAAAAUAGAGGAGAGUCGGAUUUUCAAAGAGUUUGUUGACAAGCUGCAUCAUUUGCUAGUGGAUGCUCAGGGAAAUGAAAAAAGAGCCACGGCAAAAAUUGAAACGGGAAUGGAACAGUUUCAAAGGCAAAUCGAGUCUGCAAGAAAGAUGGCCGAUGAAGAAGUAGGAAGGAUAAAAACAAUAGCGUCGUCCAUGGAUUCCAUUACGGAAGAACUCACAAUUGAUGAAAAAACGGGGUCUAUGUUCCUCAUUGGCAAAGAACCAUUUGGAUUAAGAGAAGUCACCAAAGAUGGCGAGGUAAAGACAAUCGCUUUGUCAAAACCAAUAGAAGAAGCUGGGGGAAUUGUGUUGGAGUCUGAUGGAACAUUUCUGGUCAGCAGCGAACACAAUAUGAGCAUCAAACGUGUGACGGUUGAGGGAAGUGUGGAGGAUUUCAUCACUGGUUUGGAGUUUAGCCCACAUGGACUUGGCUUUGAUAAGCAGAGGCGGUUAUUGUACGUGGGUGGCAUUGAUAGCAAUGUUAUUCUCAUGUAUUCUAUAUAG